AUGGACGCAACAGGCUUCGCCAUUGCAGCUCUUCGUGAGGUUUACAACAUCGCCGUAUUCAUAAAAACCAUAUAUACGGACAGUAAAAACUAUGAUUCGGACAAAGACGAGAUAUCUUUCAAACUAUCCCACGAGUUGGAGGUCCUGCGUCUUUUCGAUCGAAUCUUCUUCGACCCGGCCACCGGAGUUGUGGUGGACGAACGUAUGGCCGGUCACCUGGAUUUCGGGAAGGAACAUAUCACAAGUAUAAUUGUACGCUUGCGAGACACGCUUGAGAUAUAUCGGAAUGUGGGGAAAGAACAUUUCGAUGUCGACGUCCAGGACGACGAUUCUACGUUGGGGAAACGUGAGGCGUUCAAGAAGAGGCUGGCGGAUUUGAAGAAGAAAUCAUGGAGUUGGUCUUUGUUCGAUAAGGGGAGGCUGCUUGAGGUCGUAGCCAGUUUUAAGGAGAGCACAGUCAAACUGAAAGAGAUAUACUUUCUCAUCAUGCUCGAUUCAAGUCGUGGGCGUGGGACCGAUAACCAGAAUCUCCAGCAAAUUCGGUCUAUUGACCCUAGUCUUGCGUCUGGUCUCAUGCGUCAAGAAAUAGCGUGGAAAGUAGAGACGAAGCAAGAAAUCAACGUCAUAGAACCACUGAAGGGUGAUAUCGAGCCGGUAUCUGGCCAGGUCAUCGGCGACUGGGCAGCACAAAGAGUUUGGAAGUAUUGUGAAGGCAGUAAAGAGAGCCUUGUGACGGUCGAAUACAAACGCUACCGCCCAGCUGAUAUUCUUGCAAAUGACAAGCUCUUCCCAGAUCAGAAAGCCUAUAUGCGGCUUGUCCGAGACCGAAUCCAAGCACUCGCCACGAUUCUUCAGGAUCCUUUUGGUGGUGGAGAGGCGGGAAAUGCCACUGCCACAGACGACCAUAUACUUCAUACAUUUAAAGCACUAGGCUACAUCGACCGGGUGGAAGAAGGCCGUUUUGCCCUCCUAUUCGAGAUUCCAAAAAAUGCUCUCAAGGAUCCAGGACCAGUAACCUUAGCUCAGUUCCUGGGCCGAAAUGGAAGCAUCCAGCUCGAGGAGCGUUUCUUCUUGGCUCAUUGCCUAGGGACUACCCUUUUUACCCUCCACAGCUCAGGUUGGCUGCAUAAAAACCUCAGCAGCUCCCAGGUCGUUCUAGUCCGGAGUUCCAUGAAAGAAUACCGCAUAGCGCCUUAUCUUACCGGCUUUGAAUAUUCACGCCCAGCAGACGAGAGAACGGACGGGGAAAACGACUAUGACGUCCGGAGAAACCUCUACCGGCACCCUCACAGACAGGGGUACCCGCGAGAAGACUUCCGGCCGAUCCACGACCUUUUCUCGUUCGGCGUACUCCUACUAGAGAUUGGGCUGAGAAGGACCAUGGUUACCCAUUUUGAAAAAUACAUACAAGACCUCGAGAAGAGGGGAGAACUGGCAGAGCCUGACUGGUUCGGCAAAGAAAUGAUAAAGCUGGCCGAGAAGAAGCUGGCCGAGGCGAUGGGCCGGAGAUAUCGAGAUGCAGUUCUGGCUUGCUUGAAGAGCAACUUUGGUAUCGAGUCUAAGGAUAUGAGUAGGUCAAGGUUGGCGAUCGCCUUCAGAGAUCAGGUCUUGGUGCCGCUGAAGGCGGGCAUGGCGUUGUGA